CACCGUUUCUUCUCCUUUGAUGCUGACGAUGACGAUGAUGAUGAUGCUGUUUGUGUUACUGUUGCUGGUGCCGGUGGUGGUGGUGCUGGCGCGCCUGCUGUGGAACAAGGCACAGGGCAGGAGACGAUAUGUGUGCGUGCUGGUGCUGGGGGACUUGGGAAGGAGCCCGCGCAUGCAGUACCAUGUGCUGUCGUUGUCAAAGACGGUGGAGCACGUGUUCACGGUGGCCUACGCCGGCUCACGGCCCGUGGAGGACAUUGUCUCUGCACAGAACAUCACCUUCGUCGACAUCCCAACACCGCCAACUCUUCCACCAGGGUGGCCGAGGUUGGCGUUUGUUCUGUAUGCGCCAGUGAAGGUGGUCCUGCAAUCCGUGCAGCUCGUGUACUCGCUGCUCUUUCGCAUCCCAGCGUGCACGCACCUCCUCAUGCAGAACCCACCGUCCAUUCCCGCCAUGCCCAUUGCCGUGCUGGUCUGCUGGCUCACCGGAACAACGCUCGUCAUUGACUGGCACAACUACGGGUUCAGCAUCCUUGCGCUGAAGCUUGGCAAGCGCCACGUGUUUGUGCGGUUAUCGGAGUGGAUUGAGCGCACGUUUGGGCGGCUCGGUUCCCGCCAUCUCUGCGUCACAGAUGCAAUGGCCCGCGACCUGCGAGACAACUGGGGAAUCACGGCGACAACGCUGCACGACCGCCCGCCGAAAUAUUUCAAACCAAAGGCGGCCGCCGUCACACACGACCUCUUCAUGCGAUUCGAACAGGACCACAAGCGGCUGCUGGCGCCGUUGCGGAAACGUAUUGGUGUCAGUGCAAACCAGACCCUCCUCACAACCAAAACGUGA